GCCGCGCCGCUCUCUGGGCCGGCGCCCGGGUCCGUCCGCAAUUCGCUCCCCGGCGCCGCGCCGUCCGGCUCCCCCGGAAACUGGACCCGCAGCCUCGACGUUCCGUGCCAGCGUCCCGCCGCCGGGGCCCCGGGGCGCCAUGGAGGCGGCGGCCGAGGAGUCCACGCCGGUCGGCCGCGGCUCGGGCUCCGUGUCGGCGGAGGAGACCGAGAAGUGGAUGGAGGAGGCCAUGCAGAUGGCCAAAGAAGCCCUAGAAAAUAUUGAAGUUCCUGUUGGCUGCCUUAUGGUCUACAACAAUGAAGUUGUGGGGAAGGGAAGAAAUGAAGUUAAUCAGACCAAAAAUGCUACGCGACACGCGGAGAUGGUGGCCAUCGACCAGGCCCUGGCCUGGUGUCGCGGGCGCGGCAGGUGUCCGGCCGAGGUCUUCGAGCGUGCCGUGCUGUACGUCACCGUGGAGCCGUGCGUCAUGUGCGCGGCCGCGCUCCGCCUCAUGAAAAUUCCACUGGUUGUAUAUGGCUGUCAGAAUGAACGAUUUGGUGGUUGUGGCUCUGUUCUAAACAUUGCCUCUGCUGACUUACCGAAUACUGGGAGACCGUUUCAGUGUGUUCCUGGGUAUCGGGCCGAGGAAGCAGUGGAGAUGUUAAAGACCUUCUACAAACAGGAAAAUCCAAAUGCACCAAAAUCAAAGGUUCGGAAAAAAGAAUGUCAGAAAUCCUGAACUUGUUCUAAUGAAAGGCUAAUGCCUCUGGAUGAAAUUCUUGGACUGAAAGCUGUUGACAUCAUUGAAUCAUAUGUUUCUAUAUUGUCCUUAACCGGCGGGAAGAUGGUCUCUCAUCAUUUGCCCUGUUAAGGGAACAAAUUAGCACUUUUUAAAAAGUCUGACAAUUUUAAACAACUAUUAGCUUUUCCACAAGCUGAAAACAUUUUAAGAAGGGGAAAAAUUUGGGGCCGGCCCUGUGGCCAAGUGGUUAAAUUCACUUGCUUUGCUUCAGUGGCCCGGGGUUUCCCAGUUUGGAUCCUGGGCGUGGACAUGGCA